CCGACCAGCUAAGGGUGAAGAGUGAAGACCAGUAGGUCUGCGCCGCCGUCGCAAUGACCAUUUGUCAGUUCUUCCUUCAAGGCCGCUGCCGCUUUGGAGACCGGUGCUGGAACGAACAUCCCGGCGCCGGGGGUGCGGGCGGGCGACAGCAACAACAGUCCUCAGGUAGUAACAGACAUGGAUGGAAUACCACUAACAAGAGCAAUUCCAGUGUUAUUCAGCCAUCCAGUUUCUCAAAAUCUGCACCAUGGGGAGGCAGCAGAGAUCAAGAAAAGUCAUCUUUCAGUUCUUUUAAUUCUGGAGCUUCGAGGAAUGGGAACAGAGGGUUUGCAUUGUCUCAGAAGGCAUUUUCUUCACCUAGCUGUGAUGGACAGAAAGAUGAAAAGAAACUUCUGGAAGAAAUUGUAAAAGAUAUGGAGGUUUGGAAAUUAUCAGGGCAGUGGAUGUUUUCUGUUUAUUCACCAACAAAAAAGAAGCCUAAUAUGUCAGGUUUUACAGACAUUUCGCCAGAAGAAUUGAGACUUGAAUACCAUAACUUCUUAACCAGCAAUAACUUACAGAGUUAUCAAAAUUCCAUCCAACAGUUAACAAAUCAGUGGAGGAACAGAGUAAAUGAACUGAAAAAUCCAAAUACAUCAACUAAAAUAGUUUCGCUCUCUGAUGCAAAGGAUGGAGUAAAUCAGACAGCACCAACAUUUGGAUUUGGCAGUAGGCAAGCAGUAACAUUUGGGUCACCAGGUUUUCCAGUGAAUAACAGCAGCAGUGAUAAAGCUCAGAAGUUUAGUUUUAAACCAAGCUCUGGAUUUGCCACUGCCCCUUCUGUAUUCGGGAAUAUUCCAGCCUUCGGAGCUGCACCCUCUGCCAGUUCUGCUAUCACUGCAUCUACCCCAACUUUUGGAUUUGGAAAACCUGAAAUCACAUCUGCUGCUUCAUUUUCUUUUAAAAGCCCUGCAGCUUCUGGUUUUGGAUCACCUGGACUUUCAGGAUUUCCAACUUCCAUGGCAGCAGGCCCUGUGGGAGCUCCGGCUGCCCCAGCCUUUGGAAGCAGUAGUUCUGUGACUGGUUUUGGUAGUCCAGGCUCACAUUUUCACACUGCUUUUUCCAAGUCACCCAGUGACACCUGUGGAAAUAGUAUAUCCACUUCUCUCCCAAUCUCAAAUGGAAGCACCACAACAGAUAAUGUAUUAUUCACACCCAAGGAUCAACUAACACCAAAAGAACUGGGCCAGUUUCAGUCAAAGAAAUUUACUUUGGGAAAAAUUCCACUAAAGCCACCACCUAUGGAACUUCUGAGUAUUUAAAAGGGUAAUUUUAAAUACAAAGAACAGUUUUUAAAAUUG